AUGACUGGAUCCACAUGUAACAUCCACACAUCAAAGUCAGAUACUGGAGUGUACUGGUGUGAGUCUGGAUCAGGAGAGUUCAGCAGUGCAGUCAACAUCACUGUACAGAAUGAUGGUAAUGGUCCUAUCCUGGUGAGUCCUGUUCAUCCUGUGACUGAGGGAGCUUCUGUUAGUCUGAGCUGCAGUUUGAGAACACAAAAAAUACUUUCCAAUGUGUUUUUCUAUCACAAUGACAAACUUAUUGAAAAUGAUCCCCGAGGGGAGCUGAAGAUCUCUGCAGUGUCAAAGUCUGAUGAAGGUUUCUACAAGUGUCAGUACUCAGGAAGAGAGUCAGCACAGAGCUGGAUGUCAGUUAAAGGAGCUGACAGCUCUUCGUCUCCUGUGUGGUUGAUUGUUGGACUGGUUUGUGGAGUCUCUCUCAUUAUUAUUCUCCUGCUCUUGUUGUAUCGCUGCAGAAGAACCAACAGUGCUGCUAAACAGACGCUCAAUCAGGAUGGUCAGCAGCAACCGUCCUCUCUUCUUCAUGCUCCAUCUCCGCCUUACCCAUGUUACUCAGGCUCCAUCCAAGCCUCCAUCUUCAUCUCCGCCACCAGCAUCUAG